AAUAUUAGCAUAGUUAGGAGAAUAUUUUUUCCCCAAUUAAAAAUUCCAAGUUAAUCAGUAUAAUCACACAAAUUAUGUAUCACGGAGUAUCUAGUACUAGAAAUUGGAGGCGUAUUUUUUUACGCGGUAGGAGAACUCCCCCUUGACUAUUUUGAAGAAUAGCAAAAUGCCCUUAUUACAAAAAAAUAUUACCCUUUAAUUCUACUCUUGAAGUUAUUUUGAUAUUUUCCACCCACCCCAAAAAUAAAAAUAAAAAUCUAAGCUUAGCUUCACUCAAAUGAUUAAAUCACAUUUGGAGUACUUGAACUCUGAAAAUGUUUGAUCCACUCAUCCACCUGCUAGUUACUGCCUUACUGGCAUCAAAUAUUCAAACUUGUUUUUAAUUGCAGAGCAUUGGAAACUUUGGAGGAUCUCAUUGCUUCAUAAAUUCAAAGGAUUGCAGGUUUAUUGAACAACCCAUUUGUUGUUUUUGUAUUAUCUUUAUUUCCCAUUUUUCCAAAUCUUUUAUAUGUUGAGAAAUUGGCUGUUGAUUUAUUGGAAAUUUUGGUAUUGAUCACAAUGAUAAUAGAGCUUGUGGAGGAAUUGAAUUCGAAUCGAACCACUCUCGAGGAUAUCCCAUCUUCAAUUAUGUGUAAUAUAUUGUCAAGACUCCCAACUAAGGCUUGCCUGAAUCGUAAGAUUGUUUGUAAAGAUUGGUAUAAGAUCAUUACUGGUUCUGAGUUUGCUCAUUUUCGUUCUUCUUGUUCGUAUUUCUUUGUCUUGCUUUAUGGUAAGUUGGAUAACAAGAGGAAAGAUUUUCUGCUGCUUGACUUAGACAGAUCCUUAAAGGUAGAUGAGAUGGGAAAUCUUUGUGUUAGUGAUGAUUCUUUGAUUAGGUUCAAAUCUAUAGUAAACACACCCCAUGAUGACUUGUAUGUUGUUAAUGAAUGCAAUGGGGUUAUCUGUUUGAAAUCUUGGGGGCAAUGGAGUCCUUACAUUGUAUGUAAUCUUUUAACUAGCCAACAGGUGAUUGUUGAACAAUUUCGUGAGCCGUCUUGUUCAGUUGAGGUUUAUGGGUUGGGCUGCUGCCCUGUGUCGAACCAAUUCAAAGUUGUUAGAAUCCUUAAGACAAUGGAGAGUUAUAGGUGUAUAGCUGAGAUACAGACACUCGGCACCAAUAAAUGGAGAACUGUUGGUGAUGCUCCAACAUUUCAGCUCAGGAAGAGUGGGGCUUUCCUUCAUAGUUCGCUUCAUAGGUACUCUUAUAGGGACAAUUGUUUAUGGUCAUUCCAUUUUGGAACUGAAAAAUUUUCGCUUGUUCCUGUACCAGAUGAUAUGAAGAAAGAGCUCUACACCGAAGUGAGUGUCUUCAAUUCUUGCCUUUGUUUCAGCUCUAUGUCUGAAAAUUGUAGUCAAUGUGAAAUUUGGCUUAUGAAGGAAUAUGGUGUGAAAGAUUCUUGGGUGAAGCAAUAUGUCUUCCAGGUUGACUCUCAUCGUAUGCCUCUACUGCAAUUGGAUACUGGGGAAACACUGGUUUCUUAUAGAAAUGGCGUUCGUCUUGGAGUAUGUGAUGGUGAAUCUGGAAAAUGUAAAAGAGUGCAGGUUCUUGGACUGUCUUCUUACAAAGUGGUGGCAUGUGCAAACAAAUUUUGCAAGGUUUGAGGGUGCAUUUAAGUUUUAACCUUUGGUAGAUUGGAACUGAAACUCAAUAAAUGGUUAAUGAGCUGUAUUACAUAGACCAUAAACUAAGAAGUGAUGCAUGUACAUUCAUUGGUAACGUUCCUCACUUGUUCAUUUCUCUGAUCAAAAUAAUUUUGACCGAUUUAUCAGUUUAUGCAGCACAAGGCCUCCCUUUCUAAUAUGCUGGCAUGGCAGUCCUGAUCUUUUCUCAGUUGUUUAACAGGUAGAGCAGUUUGAUUACUUUGAGCUUUCUAAAAAUGGCAUCAUCCUCGAAUUUUAGCAUCUUCAACAAGCAAACAAAUCCACAAUGCAAAGAUAUCUGUCAUAAAGCCUGGCACCAGCAGAAUGAAGUUGCAUUGAAAUAAAAGCGCAAACAAUCAGUAUGGCCUCAUAGUUUUGUGAUCCAGUUAUUGAAAUAAUCUCCUAACAUCAUUGAUUUUCAUUUUAAAAUCUCCGUUUUAACUGGACUUGGUUGAGCUGGAAGAACUAUUAGAUGAUUUAGAUCUAUUUGCAUUUGUCUAUAUUUUAUUCAAUGUACUGAUAUCUUGUAACAUUAUAUAUUCUUUACCUUCUGUUUCAUAAAAAAACUGCUGCUAUCAGCAAAUGUUUGUAGGAUGAUGUAUAUUGAACAAAAUUCAUUUAUACAUUCUUUGAUUUGUUAUAAAAUA